ACCUUCACUAUCAAUUAGCUAGGGCGGGGGGUGCUAGGAGUUGCAUGCCUGUGUGUGUGCGUGUGUGUGUGUGUGUGUGAAGCAUUUCGGAUUGGAGAUGCAGAAAGAAAGGGCAGUUUCAAGGAAGUGACGGACGAGGCUCAGGGGACUGGUCAAAGGAAGUUUCCUUGAUGGUGGUACCGUGCUGCUGAACGAAACUUUCCCCCCUUGAGCAGCAGCGGCACCGUGGAUCGGGACCGAUCGGGACGGACGGAUCCAGCGGCGGAGGGAGCUUUUGUUUCCUCGCCACACGAGUAGCACUGAGGAAUAACUUGAGAUCGGGAGAAGACUGGGAUCGCUGAAGAAUUUUACUCCGGCAACCAAGCCCCCCUUUUUCUUCUCUUCCCCGCGCCUCCUCUGAUUUUUUCUGGGAUCCGCGAUGGGGAAGGAGCAAGAACUUCUGGAAGCGGCGCGCACGGGAAACCUGGCCGCCGUGGAGAAGCUUUUAUCCGGGAAGCGACAGACCGCUGGCACUAGCAGCGGUUCGUCUGGGACCGGGGGAAGCAGCACCAGCGGCGGACACGGAGCCUCCUCUCAUACCCUCUCCAGUCUGCUCAGUAUCUGGAGAGGCCCCAAUGUGAAUUGUGUGGACAGCACUGGAUACUCCCCUCUCCACCAUGCCGCCCUCAACGGACACAGCGAGGUGGUGGAGGCGCUGCUACGAAACGAGGCCUUGACCAACAUCGCCGACAAUAAGGGCUGCUACCCCCUCCACCUGGCUGCGUGGAAGGGGGAUGAACAUAUCGUCAAACUGCUCAUUCACCAAGGACCUUCACAUCCAAAACUCAACGAGCAGAGCUCUGUAGACCAUAAAGAGUUCAAACGCUGUGGGCCCUUUGACCCAUAUAUUAAUGCCAAGAACAAUGACAACGAGACGCCGCUGCACUGUGCCGCUCAGUACGGACACACCCGGGUGGUGCAGAUGCUGUUGGAGGAGCUGACGGACCCCACCAUGAGGAACAACAAGUUUGAGACCCCACUGGACCUGGCUGCGCUGUACGGCCGCCUGGAGGUGGUGAAGCUGCUGCUCACUGCCCACCCCAACCUGCUCAGCUGUAACACCAAGAAACACACGCCGCUGCACCUGGCCUCCCGUAACGGACACCUGUCUGUGGUGGAGGUGCUGCUGGACGCCGGCAUGGACAUCAACUAUGAGACAGAGAAAGGCAGUGCCCUCCACGAAGCUGCAUUGUUUGGGAAGACAGAUGUGGUACAAAGACUUCUCAGUGCAGGUAUCGACGUGAACAUCACCGACCAGAAGGGCCUGACAGCGCUGGACACUGUCAAGGACAUGCCCUCCCAGAAGAGCAGACAGAUAGCUGCUCUCAUCCUAGGUCACAUGACUGGAAAACCCCCUGACAUUGACCUCCCCCCUCCACCAAUCCCUCCGCCUCAUGAGAGUCCCUGCCCCCGUAAAAAGAGUGAUAUGGACAAGGUGAGUGAGCUGAUCUCUGGGCUGGCCCCGGGGCCCGAGGAAGAGAGUCCGUACGAGGCUCUGUUUGAAGCCACUUCCUGUCACUCUCUGGACAGCCUCACCAGCGGCAAGUCUUCUGACCGGGACUCUGGGCGGCCGGACAGUGAAGCUGGCAAGAAAGAUCGCUUGGGCCACUCGUUACAUCCUGGUCCGGGUCAUGAAGAAGAGGCCCUGUAUACUAACAGCAGUAUUGAUGAGAGAGGCGAGCCGGUGGAGGAGGAUCACACGUAUGAGUUGCUGCUGACUGCUCAGACCAAACACGCAUCGCCCAGCCAGGAGUCCCAAUCCAAUAAAGAUGAGAACACCACUACACAGUCUUCCAACAGUGUCCUACCUCAGCGUAAACCCUCUGCCCCGAACGACCUCAGAGCCCCGAGCAAGACGAAAGACACCCUGCACCCUCCCGGACGGUCGAGCCCACGGACACCAGGAGAUAACUCCCAGCUCAGCGAGGAUCCGGAGGCAGGUGUCCUGGAGCAGUUCACUGGCCUCCUGCACGGAUCCUCCCCUGUGUUCGACAGCCGCGAGGAGCCCUUCAGACUUCCAGGUGUCGUGCCAUCCAACCAGAGCCAGCCAGAAUCAAAGAAAUCUGCCAAAGUAAAGGGGGAAGUAGCCGCGGCUUCACCGUCACCUAGCCGUCCCAGUAUGGCCACCAUCCUGACAGACUGUGACCCCAAAGCAAUUUAUGCAACUGUGAAUAAGGAGCCCAGAGACUUCGGGGCUGUGGCGGGGUCUUCUGUUAGGAUGCGCCCCCCCGGGGACCUGAAGCUGGCACGCAGCCUCUCCAAGUCGGACUCGGACCUGCUCGUGUCGCCCCCUAGUGAGGAGGACGGAGGAUUGGGAAACCGCAGCGAGUCGGUUUCUAACUGUAGCACUGGCAAAAAGAGGCUCGAGAAAUCUCCCUCUUUCACCUCAGAAUGGGACGAGCAGAAACCUACGACUUCUUCCAUCACCAAACACAGAAGAUCUAAUUCCGUUGACAGCAUCGAGAAGAUCAUGACACUGAUUGGUGCUGGCAUCGAUUUUUCCAGGGAUCAGCAAUAUGCUACACCAGCAGGUGCUGCGGGCCGGCUGCUGGAGCAGCCUGUGGGCGACUGGCUGGAGCACGUGGGGCUGCCGCAGUACGAGAGCAAACUCCUGCUCAAUGGCUUCGACGACCUGCACUACAUGGGGAGCAAUGUGAUGGAGGACCAGGACUUGAGAGAGAUUGGGAUCACAGACCCGAGCCACAGGAAGAAGAUCCUGCACGCGGCACGGUCAUUACCUAAAGUGAAAGCUCUGGGCUGUGACGGCAGCGGCUCCAUCUCCUCCUGGCUGGAGAACAUGGGUCUGCACGAGUACUUACACAACUUCCUGACCAGCGGCUACCGCACUCUGGACUGUGUCAAAAACCUGUGGGAGCUGGAGAUCGUCAAUGUGCUAAAGAUCUGCCUACUUGGUCACAGAAAACGCAUCAUUGCUUCGUUAGCGGAGAGGCCGUACGAGGAACCUCCAGUCAAGCCUCCCCGUUUGUCUCAGAUCAGGUGCCAAGACCUGCCCGGAUCCUCAUCCCCCCUCAGUCAGAUGGACCCCUACACAGGACGCUCAAUGGACCCUCUGCUGCCAGUAGGAGAGCCUGGGAGGAAAAAAGUGCCAGAAAGUGACUACGACGCCCAAAGAUAUCAGAGCGAUCGACACCGAUCACAUGAUCGGUAUGAUGAGCGGCUUCGAGAGCCCCGUCUGACCCUGCGGCCGCCGAGCCUGGCCACCCCGUAUGCCCCGGUGCAGAACUGGCAUCAUCAACCUGAGAAACUCAUCUUUGAGUGCUGCGCUUACGAAGCCAGUUACCUCGGCUCCAUGCUUAUUAAGGAGCUACGAGGUACAGAGUCCACGCAGGAUGCCUGUGCCAAAAUGCGGAGGUCGACAGAACAAAUGAGAAAAGUCCCCACCAUCGUCCUGUCCAUCACUUAUAAGGGUGUGAAGUUCAUUGAUGCAGCCAAUAAGAACAUCAUCGCAGAGCAUGAGAUCCGGAAUAUUUCAUGUGCAGCCCAGGACCCUGAGGACUUGUGCACGUUUGCCUACAUCACCAAGGACCUGCAGACCAACCACCACUACUGCCAUGUGUUCAGCACAGUCGACGUGAAUCUGACCUAUGAGAUCAUCCUGACGCUGGGCCAGGCGUUCGAGGUGGCCUAUCAGCUGGCUCUUCAGGCCCAGAGGACCAAACAGCCCCAGAGCCUCCCCGUGGGCCCCGGCUCAGAGCUCAUCGAGACCAAGUCCAGCCGACCUGUACCAAAACCACGAGGCAACGUACGGAAGUCAGGGGGGGACAUCGCAGAGCAGGAGGGGGAUUCUCACUCCCAGGGCAGCGCCACGUGGCUCGUGGACCCCAAGGAAUCCAAGCGCACUAUCAGCACUAACUGAACACUGUGGCCACUCCCAGCCAAUAAGAAAGGACAGGCAUGAGCCCUGUUGCAUUGUGGGUAGGAUGUUUUGGUGGAAAAAUGACCCAUUCCCCAUGCGGCAGAAUCACAUCACCACUUGGAAUCGAGCUCAGCACUGUAACACACGGCCUGGAUGUAAACACUGCAGAUCAGCUGACAUCCCCGACUUCAUCACACACACACACACACACACACACACACACACACACACACACACACACACACACACACACACACACACACACACACAACACACACACACACACACACACACACACACACACACACACCCCCUCCAUUUAUCUUAAUCGGAAAGUGAUGGAGUCAGAUGUUAGUGUUGCUUUUUGCAUUACCUGAGAAAUGAAUUGAGGGUUGAUGUUCUCUCUUUGAGGAAAUGUACCUGCUGCAAUGUCACAAUGCAGAACUGGUAAUAAAAGGGGAAGUGGCAGAGAUCGGGAAUAUUGUUCUGUGUUAUGAAACAAAGGUACUAACUACCAGACAGACACCUCACUCUGACGGUACACAGUCCUUCCUGGGUAAUUUGUCCACACAUUGUAGCGUCUUUUUAUGACUGUCAUCCACACAUGUAUAACUGUGAUAAACAAUGUAAUCUUGCACGGGAGGAACUCUAACCAAACUCAAAGGGCAGAGGAACUGACACUACAAAGACUGUUUUAUGAUAAUAAUAAUAAUAUAACGGGGGUGGCUUUUAUAUGAUUUGAACGUUUUUCUGUAUGUUUUAAUUGUUUUAGAGGACAAUAAUAUGUCCUAAUGCUGGAACUGGAUCGGCUGUGGUUCACUGCUGCUCCCUCUCUCCUUCCCUGCUCCUUUGUUCAGUUAAUCCAGACAAGAUUAAUCCCCAAACCUGCCAUGCAGCCUGGUAUGUCUUCAGUUUUAAGAUGCAGAAAAGAACAAUAGGGCACAGCAUGUUUCUCCUAGCUCUCUCCCAGUGUGUUGACUGUUAAUGGUACAUUUUGUUCAGCAGAUAAAUAUAUGGGUACAUGGUCUGGUCCUUUUUGAUUUAACUGUUGUAUAUGUGGUACAUUGUCAGGCCAGUACGAUAACUCUAUGGUACUCUACUGUCUUCAGCUCGCUGGUGUCGGCACCUUCGGCCAUCAGCCUGGUCCCGUUCUGCUUUUGCACAUUGUUUAGGAUCAGGAGAGAUAUUUCGGGACUAAUCUGAUGACAACAAUGAUGAGAAUGAUAUUGUAAAUGAAUUCUAGCGGUCUGUAUUUUGAUACUUGAAUGAUUUUUGCUUUUAUAGAUAUCUAUAUAUAUAUGUAUAUGUAUGUAUGUAAUUUUUGACGUUUGUCAAAAGAGAGAAAAGGACUAUGUCUUAUAAAGUUAAACAUAUCGUGAAUAAAUACCCUGUGAUUUAAGAAAAAAAAAGGCUGAGAAAACAAAGACUCAGAAGAGGGACCUCACUUCAGAAAAAAAAGAUUGUAAAUAAUCUCGGGCUUCCAGUCUUUUUUAUGAUUAUUUUUCAUAAUUGUACAACUAAUAAAUGGCAAAAUUAGAAAAA